AAAAAAGGCAAGGAAAGGGUAUUUAUUUGCAUACACCUAGCGUAGGAGAUAAUAUUUGGCCUUAUCCCAACGACAUUCAUCGUACCCUUUAUAUAUUACCGAAAGAAGAAAGGAGGCCCAUGAAGCUUAAUACGACGGACGGACUAUCUUCAAGCCCCAUGCAACCUGAUGGAAUCAGCAAUAAUGACGUUCUUAUUAUAACGUUCAUUGUUGUAGUGCUCUCGUACGUCUUUAGCAUGUACUGGGAACGCCGUCUUGCGGGUGUGCUUUUUUUCCCUAAUGAGCUUGCAAUGGAAAAAGAAAUAUCGAAUUUAGAAAAGCAAGCCGCGGGGCUUAACACCACGGAUACGUGGCACGAAUUUGCACGCGUGGAGCGUAAACUUCUAAUACUCAGGAAAAAGCUCUCUGAGGAGCGUUCCCAACGCCGUGACCACCAGUUGAAACCUGCGACCCUAUUCUCCUAUAUAAUGCGAUCAUCGUGGCGGAGUCCACUUACCGAUACCGAAAAGGAUAGAAAAAAAACCGCUGAAGUCAGGAGUGAUGGGUGGCUAUGCAAGGUCAUCUCUAAAUGGUUUCCAAAUCUCACAAGUCAGCAUCUGCGCAGCACACUUCCGGGAGUCAUUAGCUACGUUAUCCGGUACGGCCCCGUCGGGGGGUUAUGCUGGAAGUGGUGGGGUAGACCUCACGUUGGACAGCUACCGAUGUGUUUGGCAAUGAAAGCGUUUACUCAGAUGUUCUGCCUGCCAGCCGUGAUAUUCAGCUUUUUAAAACAUGGUGUCCUCUAUGCUAUCUGGGGUGCGCAUUCCAUGAACGAUAAACUCGCGUCGUCAGUAGGUGAGAAAAAUGAUUUAAUUCAUGAACCACCGGUAUCCUUUGGUAUUUUUAUAUGGGUUAUGAUGUGUGUUUGUACAGUGAAGUUUACCCUCCGUGUGUUAUGUUGAAAUAACAUACUUCUCCUUGAUGAAUAAGAAGAGUCACGAAGAAUCAUUCUUAUCCGAUGAUAUCUUUGUGGAUUACCGUGACACCAACAUCUAGAAGUCCCCUGAAACCAGGAGACUUUGAUAGCAUUAUCAUUGCCUAUUUCUUUUCAACCCUCAAAUAAAAA